CUGGCUCACUAUAAAGAGACGGAAUUCCCAUCGCUACUUUCAACAACCCUCUGCUGCCCGCUCCCUCUCCUCACUCUGAGUUCACGACGUCUGCCUGUUCUUUGUGUACAACGACAGCUGCUGCAUCAUGGUCCAAGCCAAGAAGUGGAUCCUGACCAAGCACUUUGACGGCUUCCCGAAGGACAGCGACUUUGAGCUCAAGGUGGAAGAGCUCCCUGCGCCCAAAGAUGGGGAGGUGCUUUUGGAAGCGGUGUUUCUCAGUGUCGACCCAUACAUGAGGCCGUUCAGCAGGUUUCGCAUGAAUGAAGGCGAUGUGAUGAUUGGAACUCAAGUGGCCAAGGUGAUUCAAAGUAAUAACCCAGCAUUUCCCGUGGGAAGCCAUGUUGUUAGUCCUUGUGGCUGGAGAACCCACAUGGUCUGUGAUGGGACCGACCUCGUUCUUGUCAUGGCUGACUGGCCGCAGGACGUCUCGUUGUCCCUGGCUCUGGGUGGCAUCGGCAUGCCAGGACUGACGGCUCUGUACGGGAUAGAAGAAGUGUUGGGGCUCCAGAAGGGUGAGACCCUGCUGGUGAAUGCUGCAGCGGGGGCGGUGGGCUCCGUGGUCGGCCAGAUUGCCAAGAUCAAGGGCUGUAAGGUGGUGGGUUCAGCAGGGUCUGAUGCCAAGGUGGCUUUCCUCAAAGAACUGGGCUUCGACGAGGCCUUCAACUACAAGACUAUUGGCUCCCUGGAGGAGGCGCUGAAGAAGGCUUCUCCAGACGGAUACGACUGCUUCUUUGAAAAUGUGGGAGGCCCUUUUUCAAGUGUCGCCUUGCAACAGAUGAAGAACUUUGGAAGAAUAGCCGUGUGCGGAGCUAUUUCCACCUACAAUGACACCACGCCCCAAACAGGCCCGUACCCCCAAAUGACCAUGAUCGUCAAGCAGCUUAAGAUGGAGGGCUUUAUGCAGAGCAGGUGGAAGCACAAGCAGCCUGAGUCCCUCAAGAGGCUGAUGGGAUGGUUGAAAGAGGGCAAACUGCAGUGUCGGGAACACAUCACAAAAGGCUUUGAAAAGAUGCCAGCUGCAUUCAUGGGGAUGCUGCAGGGAGAAAACGUCGGCAAGGCUACCGUCGCAGUCUGAUGUGGAUCUUUGUAGAAGAAUCAGUAUUAUAAUAACAGAGGCAUUGUUACAGAAUUCAUACACGAAGACUGUACAUAUUAACAUGAUGUUCAUAACCAAAAAAUGUGAUUUAUAAUUUGAAACUGGACUAUUCUUCUAGGUUUUCAUUCAUGGUAAGAUACUUUUUUGUAAUGCAUUUAAAGAAUAAAGACAAAAUAAAACAAA